AUGAAGGUUUAUGGCCCACCUGAGGAUCAGAAUACCAGUCAGGAGAAACCGUGUGACUACCCAGCUAUAGAAAAUGGCAAGUUAAGCAACUCCCUGGAGUACUACAAAAACUAUUACUUUCCAAUGAGGUUUGGGCAGCACGCUGAUUACCACUGCAAUACUGGUUAUUCAACUCCAAGUGGAAGAUUCUGGGUUCGCAUGGUCUGUUCUGAAAGAGGCUGGUCUCCAGAGCCAAAAUGCCUCAAAACAUGUCAUGUCAGUCACCUGGAAAACGGUUAUUUCUCAAGUAGCCAAAACAUUUACAAGGAAGGUGAAAGAGUUACAUAUAUCUGCAAUGAUGACUAUCAGACUGAACAUGGAGAUGGGGAAGUCACAUGCACAAAGGGUGACUGGUCGCCUCGUCCAAGAUGUAUCCGUAAAA